GAACCGGGCUUUACCUCCCCCGCCAAGCAAAAAGUCAAGACCGCCCCCGAGCUCCGAGCUCUCCUCCCACCAGCGCAAGGUAUUCCGCGUCGCCGACCACGCCGGGGUCGCGCUCGCCGGCCUCACCGCCGACGGCCGCGUCCUGUCCUGGUCCCUCCGCUCCGAGGGCAUCAACUACGCGUUCGUCUACGACGCGCCCCUCCCCGUCUCCAGGUUCGCGCUCCGCCUCGCGGACAAGGCGCAGCAGUACUUCUUGCUUUUAGCAUCAUGUCGGAUAUGAAGGACACCCAUGCUGCUGGACCUGAAACUGUUGUAAGUACUGACCCUAUGGACCAAAGUGAAGAUAAUUCCAUGCCCUCAGCUCAAGAGCAGGAACAGGCAAUCAAGAAGAAAUUUGGGGGGCUAAUGCCAAAAAAACCACCACUCAUCUCAAAGGAUCAUGAACGGGCCUACUUUGAUUCUGCUGACUGGGCUCUGGGAAAGUCUGGACAGCAAGGAGUUGCAAAACCCAAAGGACCUCUUGAGGCACUUAGGCCAAAGUUGCAGCCAACACGACAGCAGCAGCAGCGUUCUAGGCGCUUGAUUAACACCUCAUCAGAAAAUGAGGAUGGAGACGGUGCUGGUGCUGAGGACAUGAACAUCAACUGACCUGCUCUGGAAGUGUUCUGUUGGGAACCUCGUGAUUCAGCGCAGCUCAUUAUCUGUGGAUCUCGGGGAAGGAUAUGAUGUCUUUGAUGCUUCCAUAGAUAUGAAAAGAAAUGUUGUAUUUUACAAGGACUGAGGAUUUUUACAAGGACUGAGGAUAAUUCAUCGCACAGCCACCGAUAUCUGUGCCAAAAAAUGUCAGCAUAGACUAAACCGUUGUUUGCAUAUGGCGUUGCACUUAAGUUGUUCACUUGUGCUACAGCCUACUUGUCAAUGGGUAUCAUAUUUUCAAA